AUGGACACAUCACGGCCAGCUAACCGUCUUAUGGAGGCCUAUCCACAUAAUCGAUUCUUUGGCUCUCCCCAAGAAUUAUCGCGACCAUUACCUGUGCGCUCUCAAAUCCCAGUUGUUGGAGUAAUGAACCAGCAAACCCAUUUUCAGUCCCCUUGGGCAGGGCUAUUCGACUACCUCAGAAAUAUCGACUGGCUAAGCUUAACUUGUUCUCCUAUCCCUAUGGCUUCCAACCCCUUUUUUACAAUGUUUCGUUCGUCUAUCUGCCCAGUGCCUGAUAUUUCAGCAACACCACUGGGCCAGCGAUUAAUGUAUCUGGAAGCAUUCGCGCAAAGUCAGAGAUACAUGCAGGACCCCUCGGUCGCGCUCUCUGCAUCUCCACUAGAGACUUCUAUCAAUCUUAUAGCUACCCGAUUACAGAGGGACUUUCCCCGGAUAGCUGGUAUGUUCAGCUUCGAUGAACUUGUCGUUAUAUGUGGAAACUAUGUCCGUUACGGCUCUUACUGGAACGUGUUUCGGACUGCCCUCCAGACUGACGAAAUCCUGCUUGUUGACCCUGCAUUCUCAUUCGAUAUGGACCUGCCAAAAACUACAUUUGAGAGCGCCCAGCAAAUAUGGUUAUGUCCUGAAUUCGGGCUGAAGCAAUUCUGUCAAAAGCUCUCUGGCGUCAGCCAGAUGAUUUCCGAUCUGGCUCGAACUGAGCAACAUUCAGAAGCACGGGCAUUCCUCGCAUCCAAGAUACCCGAUCGUAUCGAGGAAGUACUUGGUCCUCAGGUUACUUCUUCAACAAUACACAACUAUCCUUCCCCCCUUUUCCCUCCAGAUACGAUGACAAGUUCCCCAGUCGAAUUAACAGAUGGCGAUGUAUAUUCACCUUCCACUUCCGCGGGCGGCGAUGGGUCCGAAGACGGCUAUUCAUUAGACGGGAGGGGAUUCCAACCCAUUACAGAGAAUGGCCGCUACAAUGAUGCCUGCUUUUGGGGUAAUUAA